GGUGGGAGGCGGCGGCGGCCGAGGUUCGGCAGCCCCGUCAGUGACACCGGCCCGCCGUCCCCCAAACCCCGCCGGGCCCGUCGGCCCCCGCCCAUCCACCUACCCCCGCAAGCCGCGCACGGAGGCGCCGCCGGGAGCCGGGUCCCUUUGUUGGGCGCGCACCCCCUCCUUUUGGUGGCAACAAAGUCGCGCAGUGGGGAGCCGCCGCGAGGGGGCGGGGAGCGGCCGGGGCGGGACUCCGAGCGCCGCCGGGGGCAGCCGAGCCAAAAAGUGGGGAGGAGGAAAAAAGGCAGGCGGCGUCUGGGGACCGGCGCGGGCACAGCCCGCUCGGAAGUAUGCGGAGGGCCCACUCUCGGGCCCGUGCACUCGCGGAGAGCCAGCCUCGCAAAAGUUUGGCGGCCGCUGCCCAGGCGGCGUCGAUGGCUGUGCGCCCCGCGGCGCGCGGGGGCUGAGCGGGCGCCACUUCCCCUCGGGCCCCGCUUUUGUGUCUCGCGUCUUCUCCUCAUGCUGCGCCCGGCCACCUCCUGCGGCGGCCGCUGCUGAGGCGCUGCGCUCGGGCAGAGGGGAGGAAGGGACGGCGGCGGCGGGGGCGGCCGCGGCGCGGGGUCCAGGCGGGACUAUGGGAAACGGGAUGUGCUCCCGAAAGCAAAAGCGGAUUUUCCAGACGCUGCUGCUGCUGACCGUGGUGUUCGGCUUUCUCUACGGCGCGAUGCUCUACUACGAGCUGCAGACGCAGCUGCGGAAAGCCGAGGCGGUGGCGCUCAAGUACCAGCAGCACCAGGAGUCCCUUUCCGCCCAGUUACAAGAUGUCUGCAGCUUAGGAUGUUUCCUGUGAUAGCAUCAGACCGAGAUUCCACAAACGCUGUGUCUCCAGUGAAGUUGGGUAUGCUUCAGAAAACUCAGAGGACUAAAAUUCUGACUUGUGAUACUACAGACACGGACGUCAGACAAACGCAUGAAGAGUUUGAAUCAUGGUGUUUGGAGAGAUUUGUGUAUGAACACAGAUCAAGAUUAGAGAAAUCCUUGCAAAAGGAAAGACUUGAACAUAAGAAAGCAAAAGAAGAUUUUCUUGUUUAUAAGUUAGAGGCACAAGAAACACUAAAUAAAGGAAGGCAAGAUUCCAAUAGCAGAUACAGUGCGUUGAAUGUGCAACAUCAGAUGUUGAAAAGUCAACACGAGGAGCUGAAGAAACAGCACAGCGACUUGGAGGAGGAGCAUCGCAAACAAGGAGAAGACUUCAGUAGGACGUUUAAUGACCAUAAGCAGAAGUACCUGCAGCUACAGCAGGAGAAAGAACAAGAACUUUCUAAGCUAAAAGAAACUGUGUACAAUUUGAGAGAAGAGAAUAGACAGCUAAGGAAGGCACACCAGGACAUGCAUACACAGCUUCAAGACGUCAAGCAACAGCAUAAGAAUUUACUCUCCGAGCAUGAACAACUUGUAGUGACUUUGGAAGACCACAAGAGUGCGCUAGCUGCUGCACAGACACAAGUUGCAGAAUAUAAACAAUUGAAAGAUACUCUGAAUAGGAUUCCAAGCCUUCGAAAGCCAGAGAAAGCAGAGCAGCAGAAUGUUACCCAGGGGACACAUUCUCCACGAGGUGACAACACAGCGAGGGAGGUCGCAGCCGGAGAGCCAGAGGUGUCUCGAAAUAGUGUUGGGUGGCAGACACAUGAAGCAGUUCCUAGAAGAAUGGAAGAAACAAAACUUUACCGUCCCACCCGGAAGGAGGCGGAGUUUCAGGCUCUGGCAGAGCUGAAGCAGCAUGAAGCUGAAGGCAGAGAGCCCGAGGAGCGGCAGGUGGAAGAGGAGCAUAGAAAGGCCCUGGAGGAGGAGGCGAUGGAGCAGGUCGGGCAGGCCGAACGUCUGGAGGAGGAGCAUGAUCCAUCACCCGAGGAACAGGAUCGGGAAUGGAAGGAACGGCGUGAACCUCGAGAAGAAGCCAACCUUCCGGGAGGGCACGCGCCCAACAAAGUAUAUCCUUCAGCCAAGCCGGUCACCAGGGUCCGGUCGCCGUCUGAGGAGCAGUUGGAAGCGCGGAGAGUGGCCGCCAGGCGGGCGGAGGAGGCCCAGCCGCGGAGGGAGCAGCAGGAGGCUCUGCACCAGCAGAGGCUGCAGGGACACUUGUGGAGGCCGCAGCAGCAGCUUCUCGCCAGAGAGGUGGCCCGGCAGAGGCAGGCCGGCCCACAGGAGGGGCGGCCGCAGCCCCCAGAGCAGCCCCGGCAGCAAGCUCAUUAUGAUGCUAUGGAUCAUGAUAUCGUUCAGGGAGCCGAGGACCAGGGCAUCCAAGAAGAGGAAGGAGGUGCCUAUGAGAGAGACAACCAGCACCAAGAUGAGGCAGAAGAUGACCCAGAGAAUGGACAUGAGCCUCAGGAUCAGGGGCCCCACGAAACCGAUCCGGAAUCUGAGGCAGAUAGGGCAGCUGUAGAGGAUAUAAACCCAGCAGAUGACCCUAAUAAUCAAGGCGAAGAUGAAUUUGAGGAAGCUGAGCAGGUGAGAGAAGAAAAUUUGCCAGAUGAAAAUGAAGAGCCAAAACAAAGUAAUCAAAAGCAAGAGAAUGCAGAGAUGGAGGAGCAUUUGGUGAUGGCAGGAAACCCAGACCAGCAGGAGGAUAAUGUUGACGAGCAGUACCAGGAAGAGGGAGAGGAGGAGGUUCAGGAAGAUUUGACUGAAGAGAAAAAAAGGGAGUCGGAGCAUAAUGCUGAAGAGACCUAUGGUGAAAAUGAGGAGAACGCCGAUGAAAAAAACAAUGAUGGCGAAGAACAAGAAGUUCGAGAUGACAACCGCCCCAAAGGCCGAGAGGAACCCUAUGAGGAGGAGGACGAGGAGGAAGAGGACGGGGCCGCCGCUGCGGGGAAAUCGCGGCCCAGAGCGGAGAUGUAGCGGCGCCCGACCGCGCGGACGGUGCGCCGCCAACCGAGUCUUUCCGAGCUGCUCAGAAACAAGUCCGCCUACUGAACUCUGGGAUAUGUAAUUACAGAAUUAAGAAUUUAGGCUUUUUUUAACUUUUGUAUUAGAAGUGCUCAGACGUUUGUAUGAAUAUAUUUUGAUAACCUGGGUUAGAGCUUCUUUUGUAUUCAAGCUGCACACGAGCACGAAGACAGACGAUAAAGCAACCCUUAGCCUUUGAAUCUCAUUUUGCAUAGAUUACGUGAUGCUGGGAAGGGCACCGGUUUUGUAUAUUUCAGCUUCUUGCUUCUCUAUCUUCUCGUUUCCGGGUGUUCUGUUGUUUGCCUUUGAUAAGAUACAGGAUUUCAAACAGGGAAUACUGCAAAAUGCCGCGUAGCCUUUAAGGAGAAUGGCCGGUGUCUUAACUGCUGCCUUUCUGAGGUUCUUGUGUAUAGUUCGGAUGGGAUUUUCACCCCUCUGUCUCUCGAAUAAGAUCCACGUACAGACUGACAUAAAUUGGAAAGGCAUUUUGGUUAUAAAGGCAGUUUUUCAGGCUUCUCCUAUCAGUUAGAAAAAUGUCUGGCUUUACUUCAAAUCACAGCUGUUCUCGAAUUAGAUUUUAAAAUGAGAUGGUACUAAAACUCAUGACACAGCCUUCUGGACCUUGAUAUUCCAGUCUUCAAACAAGGUAGGACACAUCAGUGUAUUAACCUUCUGAAGGACUGACGCCUUGUUUAGUAACUAAUUUAGUGUGUGGGGGUGCUCUUUUCUACGUGAGCACCCAUUCAGUUCUUUUUUUUCUGAAAUCGUCUCGUGAUAUCCUUGUUUCAAUAUCUAGUUCUCUACAGUAAUACAGAUUUCCCCCAUAAGCUCUGUUCCUCAAUAUGUAAUCACUUUGAUGACAAGUAUGAAUAUGAAGGCAUUCCAAAUUAUACAGUUGAAUAGGGUUAUUUUUCGAAAACUAUACAGUGAAAUACCCAUGGUGAUAUGAUAGACCAUCAUGACUUUUGUGUUUGCUGGGAUCGGAGCCUGUGUUAUGCCCAUGUAUGGCAUUUUAAUGACUGCAAAAGUCCCCUAAAAUAAAAAAAUUAAAAAUCAAAAAUUUCUUUUGGGAUCAAGACAUAUUUGUCUCUCUACAUAAAGAUUUUUAAAUAUAUAGAAUUAGGUUAUAUAAUUCAUAUGUGUGUGGUUUUGUAAUAAUACUCAAAUUAAUAAGGACAUUUAAUUUCUACCAUUGUUGUAUGAAUGUAAUGUUAGUUUUUAAUAACCACACUCAUGUAUGAUUUUGAUUAUCCCAGUGGAGUGAUUAUGUAUGUAUGCAUAGGAAUGUUUUGUUCAAAUGUAUUUUGGAUUUUCAAUAAUCAUAAAUCGAAUUUUACCUUUAUGUAUAAAAACCCUUUAUGUAAUGUAAAAUGUAUAAUAUUGUACAUAAUAUUCAGAAUACAAUUAUUUUGGUAAAUUAGUUUGUAUUUUUAAUGUCCCAGUUGCAGUAUUUAAUUAUUUGAACCAUAUUGAAACUUCGUAAUAGUCAAUAAAGCUAUAAAAUGUGGUAAAUCUC